AACUAAAAACUGGAGUGUCUAUAUCAAAAUUGACGGGUUACAUAUAACGAACCAAAGACAGCAGGAGAGAGAUUUGUCUUUACGGUUAACUGAAAGUUAAUCAGUUCAUCGUCUUGAAAAGCGCAAGGUGUUCUGAUCACUGGCUGUAUACAGUGCUUGCUCGCUCUACUCUGUGGAAAGAUAGUUAUCUGCUGUAUUGCUGAUUAUUCUAGCUGAGGGAGUUCUUUGGUCAAGUUUUAUAAAUUAAGAAAUGAGUAAAAGCUUAUUUCUUAUUUUGGAGCCUGAUUGAGAACUAACUGUUUUCUGGUUGCUGUCUGGAAAGUCAAUAGCUUUCUCAUUUCAUUUAUUUUCCUAGGUGCUUAUCCCAUUAGCUUGAAUAUUAGUAUAUGGAAAAAAAUAUGGAAAAAGCAAAAUUGGGGAACUUUGAACAAGGUUGUUAUAGUUCUGCAGAGACUAGAAAUCAGGGGCUUGGUUCUGUGAAUCAGUGGACUUUUCAGGAUCCUUGCAAUUCAAUUAACACUAAUAUUAGACCACCCGAACUCAAUUUACCAGUUGGAGCUAGACCUGAUCCCAAUUUACCAGUUGGGCCUAGACCUGUUCUCAACUAUUCUAUUCAGACUGGUGAGGAGUUUGCUCUUGAAUUUAUGUGGGAAAGGGUGAAUCCAAGGCAGCAUAUUCUUCCAAAUUCCUCUAAUGAGUCUAAUAGUGCAACUGUGUAUAUGGAUGUAAAGGGCACGCUUGGAAAAUUUCAUACAGGUUCUGACAGUGGGCUUGAUACUUCGACUAUCCCCACUGCAGAAAAGAGGAGAGAUCCCGAGAGCAAUGCCUCUACUCUAAAUGAAGAAAAAGUUUAUGGUCAGCCAUUUCACUCUGUAAAUCAAACCUCAUCAGAAUCUAAGAGUAGUCAAAGAUUUCAUAGUCGUACUUCUUCAAAGGCUUCUGGUAGCUCAUCAACAACGCUGAAGUUACUCUGCAGUUUUGGUGGUAAAAUUUUGCCUCGUCCAAAAGAUGGAAAGCUUCGGUAUGUUGGAGGUGAUACACGUAUUGUCCGGAUAAGCAAAGAUAUUUCUUGGGAGGAGCUUGUACAGAAAACAUGGAUAAUAUAUAAUCAACCUCAUACUAUCAAAUAUCAGCUUCCCGACGAGGAUCUUGGUGCAUUGGUGUCAGUCUCUGGUGAUGAGGACCUGCAGAAUAUGAUGGAGGAAUGUAAUGUAUUUGAAGAUGGUGGAGCUCAGAAACUCAGGAUAUUUCUUAUUUCAAAUGAUGACUUAAAUGAUUCUCAGCUUGGUCUCGAGAAUGCAGAAAGUGAAUCCGAGCUUCAAUAUGUUGUUGCCAUAAAUGGCAUGGACUUUGGAUCCAGAAGAAAUUCCAUUGCUAUGGAGAACACUUCAGGAAACAAUUUGGAGGAGUUGCUGAGUUUAAGUGUUGAGCAGGAGACUGGUCACAUUGCAGUUGGCUUAGCGGUGGCUGGCUCUGCGCAUCCAGAAGUUGUUAUUCCCCCUUUAAAUAAAUCUUCUCAGAUGAUGCUACCAACUUCAUCACCUGCUUUUGAGUACAAUCCACGUGAUUAUCAGGUGCAAACAAUGAAUCAUGGGCAGCCUGAAUUGCAUCAAUUGCACACUUUCCACCGGAAAGACAGCUUCCCAGAUGUGGAUUUCAAAAAUAAUGUCCCAUCAUCUGUUCCAGUGCAAUACAAUUAUGGUUCUCAUCCAUCAAAUCAUGUGCCAGUUGCUGAAAACUUGAUUCCACAUUCUAUUUACGGGCACAUGACUUCAGAUGAUAGCUUGAAAGCAAAGGUUCCAAAAGUGUCAACAUUGAAAACGAAGGUUAAAAAUGAAACUAUUAUCCCAAAGAAGGUGGAGUUUUUUAAGGACCAAUCUCUCGAAAAGGGUUUGCUUCUGAAGGAUGCAAAGAUGACAGAAGAGAACUCAGUCCAGAAAAUCAGUGAGUCUAAUAAGAUGCCGUCAGUGAAAAAUGAGAAGAUUUUCUCUUCUCAUCCACAUGACAGUUCAUCUUUAAAUGAUAUAACAAAAGAGGAUGCAUCCAGAAUUAGUGCUGCAGCAGACGCAAGCACUCUUGUUCAAACAACAGGUAGUGAGAUGAUUCAGGAUUCUGCAAGGAGUCCAGUUCCUCUGGAUAAUGUCAAGGAAGCAAAUAUGCAAAAGAUUGAUAUGGAUGACCAAUUUUAUACAUAUGGUAAAGCAUUUAUGCCUGUCCACGGUGAGUCUGAGGCAUAUGCAAAUGAUUUGAACUGUGAAGCAGCGGUGCUUCCUCAGAGCCUUUUUCAUUCAGAAAGAAUUCCCAGAGAACAGGCAGGGCUUAAUCGUUUGUCCAAGUCUGAUGAUCGUUCUGGUUCCCAGUUUCUAAUGACUCCUGCCCAAUCAGAUGUUUCACAACAGAUGACAGAAUCAAUUGACAAGUUGAAUGAUUGGAAUGUGGCAUCUCAGGCAGAAGAAUUUCUUGCUUCUGUAAAAUCUGUGCCUACAAAGCCAGCUGCUAUUGAAGAGAAAUCGAGUGAAUUUCAGAAUUCAAUUGCAGUUACUGAUCACAUUGGUGCAAAGAAUUCAAGUGUCCAUGAGGACAAUCUCGAGUCAAAUCUUCACAAGACUGACUUAAAUGCUGUGGUACUUCCUGAUAGGGAUUCUUCUGUGUCCAAUUUCCCUAUGACUAGCCGAAGUUCUGAAUAUCCCCAAGAUGAAUCUGCUUCUAACCUUAUGAAGCUUCACUGGGGAAAGAUAAGAGGAAAAACCUCUGAGGAGCAAAUACAGCCUCUGGCUGUAGAAAAUUCAGCUGUAACCUCUUCCCAAAGUAAACCCUCUGUUGGUGUUGGCACUUCAGAACAGGGGGACAUCCUUAUUGAUAUUAAUGAUCGUUUUCCUCGAGAUUUCUUGCCUGAUAUAUUUUCUGAGGCUAGAGUGGUAGAUAGCUCCACUGGUUUUGCUCCACUGCAGAGAGAUGGAACUGUUUUGAGCUUAAAUAUGGAACAUGAACCUAAGCAAUGUUCUUUAUUUCAGAAUUUAGCAAAAGAUGAUUUUGUAAGAAACGACAUGUCCCUCAUGGAUCAGGAUCAUCUUAGUUUGUCAUAUACUCGUGCCAAUACUGGAGAAGCAGAUUCCAUUGAAAAUAGUUAUCCACUUCCUAGAGCUACUGGAGGUGCAAUGGAUCACAUUGAUUCCCGUAGUAAUUCUGGGGAUGAUACUCAGCAGCAACCAGCUAUCACCAUCAGAACAGAGACCAUGAAAUUGCCUUCUGGUUAUGAUCCUUCCCAGACCUCUUGCGUUCCAAGUCUGCAAUUUGAUGGUCAAAUGGACUCGAGGACACCGGAAUCUGAAUAUCAGGAUGAGAAGAAAGAAGCACAGAAUACCAGAGCUCCUCUUGUUGACCUCUCUCUAGUAGAUUUUGAUCUCCAUAUGCUGCAGAUUAUAAAGAAUAAGGAUCUAGAAGAGUUGAGGGAAUUAGGUUCUGGAACCUACGGGACUGUUUAUCGUGGGAAGUGGAGGGGUUCAGAUGUUGCUAUCAAGAGAAUAAAGAAGAGCUUUUUCACGGGUCGCUCAUCAGAGCAGGAGAGACUGGCUGUGGACUUUUGGCGUGAAGCUGAAAUUCUUUCAAAGCUUCACCAUCCCAACAUAUUAGCAUUUUAUGGUGUAGUGCAAGAUGGCCCUGGAGGAACACUUGCAACUGUAACAGAAUAUAUGGUGAAUGGUUCCCUUAGGCAUGUUUUAAUUUCCAAGGACAGGCAUCUGGAUCGUCGCAAGCGGCUCAUAAUCGCAAUGGAUGCGGCUUUUGGAAUGGAAUAUCUGCAUUCAAGGAAUAUUGUGCACUUUGAUUUGAAAUGUGACAACUUGCUUGUCAACUUGAAGGAUCCUUCCCGACCCAUAUGCAAGGUGGGUGAUUUUGGAUUGUCUAAAAUCAAAAGAAAUACAAUGGUUACUGGUGGUGUUAGGGGAACCCUUCCAUGGAUGGCUCCUGAGUUGUUAAAUGGUGGCAGUAGUAAGGUUUCUGAGAAGGUUGAUGUCUUCUCCUUUGGGAUUGUACUUUGGGAAAUUCUUACUGGUGAGGAACCUUAUGCCAAUAUGCAUUAUGGAGCUAUCAUAGGCGGUAUAGUAAAUAACACAUUGAGGCCACACGUGCCAAGCUUCUGUGAUCCUGAAUGGAGAUUACUUAUGGAGCAAUGUUGGGCUCCAGAUCCAAUGGUCCGUCCAUCCUUCACUGAAAUUGCUAGACGCUUGCGUACAAUGUCUGCUGCAAGCGUGACCAGAACUCAGGGUCUUGCAACACAGACACCAUUAUCCAGAUGAUGACAGUGAUAUACACACUCGCAUCUAUAUAUAAAUUGCUUUUGUUUCUUGAGAAGACUGGUAUAGUUUGUACAGUAUCUUGUUUGUAUUAGACACACGAGAGAUUUGAGAUCUCAUCAUGAUUAUGCAGUGAUUGAUUUGUGUACAAGAAAAUGAUUAUGGACAUAAGUUUUGAUGCAAUAAAUGAAAAUAAUUAUCUUGUAAGCCUA